AUGGGGAGCAAAGCAAAAGCAAUGGGGUCUAGGCUGACUCCUCUUCUUACCACCGUUUUAGUGGUAUUUGUUGCUCUUGGCUUGCCUUCAGAAACUGUGGCUGAUUACUACAAGUAUUCAUCUCCUCCUCCUCCUUACCAUUAUUCCUCACCACCACCUCCUGUGCAUUCACCUCCACCACCGCCAAUUUAUAAGUCACCCCCACCACCUUACCACUACUCCUCACCGCCACCUCCAGUGUAUUCAUCUCCACCACCACCUUCGCCAGUUUACAAGUCUCCGCCACCACCUUACCAUUAUUCGUCACCACCGCCUCCGGUGCAUUCACCUCCACCACCACCUGUUUACAAGUCACCUCCACCACCUUCGCCAGUUUACAAGUCUCCGCCACCACCUUACUAUUAUUCGUCACCACCGCCUCCGGUGCAUUCACCUCCACCACCACCGAUUUACGAGUCACCUCCACCACCUCCUCCAGUUUACAAGUCUCCGCCACCACCUUACCAUUAUUCCUCACCACCACCUCCAACGCAUUCACUCCCACCACCAGUUUACAAAUCACCGCCACCACCUCCUCCUAUGUAUAAGUCCCCUCCACCACCUUAUCAUUAUUCCUCACCACCACCUCCAGUGCAUUCACCCCCACUGCCACCAAUUUACAAGUCUCCGCCACCUCCAAUCUACAAGUAUAAGUCACCACCACCUCCUCCCCCAAUUUACAAGUCACCACCACCACCUCCUCCAGUAUAUAAGUCCCUACCCCCACCAGUGUAUAAGUACAAGUCUCCACCACCACCUCCUCCAGUAUACAAAUCACCUCCACCACCUCCUCCAGUUUACAAAUCUCUACCACCACCAAUUUAUAAAUACAAGUCUCCUCCACCACCUCCUCCGGUUUACAAUUCCCCACCACCACCAAUCUACAAGUCUCCACCUCCACCCUCCCAUUACUACUACAAUUCUCCUCCUCCUCCUCCUCAUCACUUGGUAUUUGUUGCCCUUGGCUUGCCCUUGGAAACUGCAGCUGAUUAUUACAAGUAUUCAUCUCCUCCUCCUCCUCCUUACCAGUAUUCCUCACCACCACCUCCAGUGUAUUCACCUCCACCAACCCCUGUUUAUAAGUUACCCCCACCAUCUCCUCUAGUUUACAAGUCCUCACCACCACCUUACCACUACUCACCACCUCCUGUGUAUUCACCUCCACCAUCACCAAUUUACAAGUCACUGCCACCACCCCCUCCAGUAUACAACUCCCCGCCUCCACCAGUGUACAAAUACAAGUCCCCACCACCACCUUCUCCAAUUUACAAAUCUCCACCGCCACCAGUUUACAAGUACAAGUCACCCCCACCACCUCCUCCGGUAUACAAGUCUCCUCCGCCACCUGUUUACGAGUACAAGUCUCCUCCACCACCUCCUCCAGUGUACAAGUCCCCACCACCUCCAGUUUACAAGUACAAGUCACCACCACCUCCUCCCCCGGUUUACCAAUCUCCUCCACCACCAGUUUACAAAUACAAGUCACCACCACCUCCU